AUGAGUUACAAGGCAAUUGCUGUCACUGGUGUGGCUCUCAUUGCAUAUAGUAUUGCCCUGGUCAUUUACCGCUUGUUCUUCCACCCUUUGGCGAAGUACCCCGGUCCUCGGCUGGCAGCUAUCACGCAUUGGUAUGCAGCCUUCUAUGCGUGGCGGGGAGACCUGCACAUCAACAGCCGGGAAUGGCACGAUCGCUAUGGCGAUAUCGUUCGAUUCGCUCCAAAUGCCCUCACGUUCAACACCGACACCGGAAUGGACGCGAUCUACGGCGUCCGUGCAAAUGUGGUCAAAUCUGAAGGCUACAGCUCCCUGAGUGCAAGUCGACACACUCCCAAUACCCUCACAGCGACCGAUAAAACCACCCACGGAUUCAAGCGUCGUAUCUUGGCUCAGGUCUUCUCCACCGAGGGGAUCAAAGCCAUCGAAGAGCGUCUUUUGGAAAAUGUGCGUGAUUUCGUGAAUUUGCUUGGGCAGGAGGGAGAUGAGUUUGGGAAUGUGAAACCUGGAAUCGAACCCAAGGGAGACGAUAAAUGGACUGAUACGAAACAUCUGGCACCCAUGUGUGACUGGGUUACUUUUGAUGUUAUCAGUGAUCUUUGUUAUGGAAAGGACUUUGAUAUGCUGCACACACCUGAUAUGCGAUGGUUUCCAUCGGUCGUGUUGAAGAUUACGCAGCGGAGUAUGACGACACUUGUUCAAACCAAGUUCUGCAACUGGAAAAUCGACCAAUUCUUCAUGAGAUCCAAAUUCAAUGAGAUUGUGGAGGCUGGUAAUCGAAUUGGCGCACAAUCCAAGGCUCGCCAGCGCCUUGGAAAUGACAUCGAAAAGCAAGACCUGUUCUAUCAUAUGAUGAACACUGCCGAUCCUAAGACUGGACUUCACUUUGACUCAAAGGACCUUUGGGUUGAAUCUAUGCUCUUGAUGACUGCCGGUGCCGAUACUACGGCCACCGCAAUGGCCGGAACUUUCUUCUUCCUAGCCCACAAGCCCGACCUACUCGCCCGCUUGGUCCAUGAGCUUCGCACCACCUUCGCCAACGAAGAAGACAUCCACAUCGGAGCCCAGCUCGACUCUUGCGAACUUCUUCAAGCAUGCAUCAACGAGACACUGCGUCUCGCACCAUCCGUCUCAACUACGAUUCCCCGUACCGUGCUUAAGGGCGGCUUAUUGGUCGACCAGCAAUUCAUUCCCGAGGGAACAAUGGUUGGAACGACUACCUACGCUGUCCACCGAAAUCAGAAUUACUUCAAGUCCCCCGAUGAAUAUGCCCCAGACAGGUGGAUCGUCAGCCCUGAGACAGGAGUGGACGAACAGAGUAUCAAGACUGCCAAACAAGCCUUUGUGCCCUUCAGCUCUGGUUCUCGCUCUUGUGUUGGGUGGAAACUUGCUUGGGCCGAGUUGAAUGUUACCAUCGCUAGAGUGCUAUACAGAUAUGAUAUGCGGUUAGCGCCUGAGGCUCGCUGCUGUGGUGGAAAGCGCAAUGACUGUGAUUUCAAGCUUAAGGGCUGGGUGACAUCAGCAGUGGAGGGGCCUUGGGUUCAGUUUAAGCCCAGGUCUUGA